AUGAUUCCCAGGGCCUUAUUAGACUACUGGUCCCGUGUCACACACUCAUUACCAGGCCGCCAACCACAGGAAGACGUCACUGCGCGUUCUAGCGCCGACGAUCACGCAGAGGAACGACAGCCUUUCAUAGCGGACCAAGAAAUCUCCGACCAAGAGUCACUCCCAGCAUGGAUCACUCGGAAAUCAUUGAAAACAUGGAGCGACACACGAGACUUCAUCAGUUCAGAGCAGGGUGUGGGUAUCUUCAAGUGCAGCUUCGCAUAUUUCCUUGCCUCCUUAGCAGUCUUCGUGCCAUUUAUUGGGAAUCUUUUGGGCCAUCAAAAUGGUAAGCAUAUGGUGGCCACGAUUACAGUCUAUUUUCAUCCAGCGAGGUCGCAAGGCAGCAUGUACAAAGCACUAAUAUGUGCCUUUAUUGCUUUUAUCUAUGCGGCGCUUCUCUCGCUAUCAAGCAUGUGGAUCACCAUUGUCUUUCACCAAAGAUACGAUAUGAUUGAAGUCGGCCAUGCAAUCGUCCUGGUCGUCUUUGUCGCUGGUGGGUUUGGGUGCAUUGGAUGGUUUAAGCAGAAGAUGGAGGACCCGCUCGUCAAUGUUGCCUGCUCUUUGGCUUCGCUGGCAUCGAUCAUUGUCAUUACCAGGGAAGGUGCCGUGCAAAGAGGCGCUCUUUCUUUCGAGAAGAUAUCUCAGGUCCUGAGAAUGGUUCUUCUAGGUGUCGGGAUCACGACGGCCGUCUCGCUGUUGAUACUACCUCGUUCUGCGCGCAAGAAAUUUCGAGGGAAUAUCUCAACUUUGACAAACACGUCCAUGUCGAUGUUGACCAUCGUAAAUGAAAGCUUUCUUAGCGGGUCCACUCGUAAGCUGCAACAGGUACCAUUUGCUAAUCUAUCUGCGCGGCACGACAAAGCUUUUGGCGAAAUGAAAAAUCAACUCGAAGAGGCGAAGCUUGAGCACUAUGUCGCGGGGACGGAGCGAGAGAAUUUGAUCGCGAAACGUCUCUCGAAUCUCAUGCAAGAGAUAACGCGUCGCCUAGGCGCUCUACAUAGCGCGGUGGCCUUGGAGUCGAAAGUUUUCGCACCAAGAGGAGGCACUCAUUUGAAUAAUUUCGAGGCUCAGGUUUUCGAAAACUUCAAAUCACAGCUCGAAACAUCUAUGAAUUUACUGGUUUCUACCUUGAGAAUCAGUUUCCAAGGGGUGUCAUUUGGACCUGCUCCCGAUUACAAGAUCUUUGUGGAUGGUGGAGCUCGGCCCCGUAUCGAUGAAGCAAUCCAGUCUUAUCGAGAUACUCGGAUCUCCGCCUUGCAUUCGAUUUCUCGAAAGGAAAUAAUGAUUCCUCUGAGCGAAGUGAGCGAUAUUCAUUUUGAAAAGAUGUUCGCUACCUGCAAUUACUAUUCGGUAUCUCUUCUUGAGCUUGCUGAACAAAUGCAGCAGUUUCUAUUAGUUUUGGGGGAGAUGCAAGUCGAAAUUGAUGAAAGGCCGAGCAAUAGGUCCUGGGCGGGCAUUUGGGAUUCGUGGUGGCGAGAUAAUAACAGGCGCGGAAGACCUCGGUUGAGUGAAAGUUCUUCAUCAAACUAUGUACAUGCCGAUUUGGAUAGCAGCCGCUUGACGGGCAUGACUAUUCAUUCUGAUCACCUUGAGAGCCAACAUCCGAGAGAAACCUUGCACCGCAGAGCAAACCAUUACCGUUGGCAAUUCUUCAAUUUCUUUCGUGCGGACGAGCUCAAAUUCGCCCUCAAAGUAGGAAUAGGUGCAGCGAUAUAUACCUUGCCUGCUUUCAUAUCCUGGACGAGACCCCUUUAUUUAUUUUGGAGAGGAGAAUGGGGCCUUCUCUCCUAUAUGUUGGUAUGUUCGAUGACUAUUGGUGCAUCAAACACCACAGGCUUUGCUCGGUUCAUCGGUACAUGUCUCGGGGCCCUUUGUUCGAUAGCUGCAUGGUACCUUGUCGGCGAAAAUGCUCCCGGUCUCGCAUUCCUGGGCUUCGUCAUGGCUCUAGGUCCAUUUUACAUGAUCAUUUCGAGAGGACAGGGCCCCAUGGGCCGUUUCAUCUUACUAACCUACAAUCUCUCUGUACUGUAUGCUUACUCUUACUCACAAACGGACAGCGAUUCCCCGGAUCGAAGUGGAGAGAAUCUCAAUAUCACAGAAAUCGUUCUUCACAGAGUAAUCUCUGUGACCUCGGGCUGCAUCUGGGGUAUCAUCAUCACACGAGGAAUCUGGCCCAUCCGUACUUGGACAAACCUGAAUGAUACAUUACAUCUGCUGUGGCUCCGGCUGCUGUUCAUCUGGGAAUCAGAUCCCUUAGGCGCCAUCGCCAGGGCAGAAGCGAACACACACGGUUGCUUCCUGCAAUCCCAGGACAAAUUUGAGAUCGAGCGCCUUCUUUCCCAAAUCGAGCGACUUCAGACAUCAAUGCGCUCCGAGUUCGAAUUGAAAAAGCCUUUCCCUGAUGCGGCAUACGGUAACAUCAUCCGUCGGACAAGGAGCAUUACAGACAACUUCUAUUCCUUGGAUCUCAUUCUAGUCAAUGCCCUGGGGGCGUCGGAAGCCCGAAGCUCUCUUUUCACGUGUACCGCUGCUGCCAGGCAUCGGCUAUCAACUUGCAUAUGUCAUCUGCUCGCUGUGAUUGCAUCAUCGAUACAGCAAGAGAGGGCUUGCAGUGAUCAUCUAACAAAUAUAGAUACUAUACAAAAUGAGCUUCUGGAACAAACCUAUCACUUUCGCCAAGAACGAAUAAUGUUUUCUUCGACUGAUGAUGUUGAUUACGUUCUCCUCCACUCUUUCAUUUUGGUUACCCGGCAAUUGUAUAAUGAUAUACUUGAGAUCAAGGUGGAAUUGGAUCGCAUCUACCCCGACUUAUAA